AUGGGAGAUCUGGAGUCUGGUUAUGAAGAGAUGGAGGGUGUGAAGCUCGGGUACCUGAUUAUUAAGGGCAAGCAAAUGUUUGCUCUUUCUCAAGUUUUCACUGACCUCUUGAAAAAUAUUCCAAGGACUACUGUGCAUAAACGAAUGGACCACCUCAACGUGAAGAAGCAUCACUGUGAUUUGGAGGAAUUGCGAAAACUCAAAGCAAUAAACUCUAUAGCUUUCCAUGCGGCUAAAUGUACUCUGAUUUCAAGGGAAGACGUGGAAGCUCUUUAUAUUUCUUGCAAAACGGAACGAGUGCUAAAAUCCAAAAAAAGAAAAACGACCACGAGUUCAUCAGAGGUUACCUGUGAUGGUCAAAUUCGCUCGGAACCCCACGGUGCAUUCUGGAAAGAAAAACUUUGGCUAAGUUUGCACGGGGUUCCUCAGACUUUCUCGUUUAAAAACAGGACGGGGAGACAAGAGGCUGUCUCGCCACCGGCUUCCAAUCUACCUCAGAUUUACAGUAAAUUCGCUUGUCGUGGCUACCAAACAGUCACAAAGUCGGAGUGCAAAUCCCUCAAAAACUAUGAAACUGCUCAAAUACCCAGUAAGCGUGUAGCAUUUAAUUCAAGUCAUUCGUUUUUUCGGAAUGUGAUUUGUACCCGACAACCCCUACUCUGUCAAUCCGCCAUUGCGGCACAGUCCAGGCGCUCAAGCACUGCCGACCUAAUUUAUAAAAGGAAAAGAGAGCACGAGGACACUGGCAGGCAAUUUUGGAGCACAAGCAGACACAGUCGUCAGGUUUUAUUUGUCCCGAAGUGCUGCAAGUCAAAAGUAUCCAACGGUUCUUUAAACAAAUUUCACCUCGAGCAUGAGUUAUACCUCGACCACCAACACAUCGGAAAUUUGCAGGAGAGCUGCAGCAGCGACACCGAGUCAAGCUCUUACUCUGAACAAGUCGAUGACUCGGAUUUUGGGUCAAGUUUGUCCACUAGCAGUAACUCCGGAACCUCAGAUGACGAUGAAGACGAUUCACUGUCAGAAUCCUCAGAUGCCAGUACAGAUGACGACAGCUCUUCCCAAUCCGAUUCCAGUUCGGUUUCGAGCCAUGUUUCGUUGCAGAGCAUUCGACUGAGACGCACCAGUUUUUCAGCUCUCAGCAAUAAAGCACCUUUAGCACCCCAGCCUUCUUUCCACUGUAAUCUCCAACACAGAGCCACAAAUCAUAGCGGAACAACCGUGUUGGAUUACGGCAUUUCGAACAGGAAACUGAAGAAAUCGGACUUCAUUCACACACCCUGCGUGAAUAAGUACGAGGAUGGUAGUGCAUCAAAGCAACACAGUACCUGCCCGCUUCUUCUUGGAAGUUACUUUCCUGACCCCAGGAAGGAGAGAGUUUCUGGGACAUUGUCACACAUUGAAAUUCCUGAUGAUCCAAAAACGACUGACCCUGCAAUUAAAAGUGUUAUAGAAACAGGGUCUUCACCUUGUUCAAAGGGAAACAAAGAGUUUCCCCCACAAAGGGUAUCAGGACAGGCAAAAAAAUGCCCCCAAGCCUUGAUCUCAUACUGUGCCCAAGACAAAGAAACAAUAGUUUCUCAGUUCACCGACAACAAUCCUUCAUUUGCCGUAAAUUUGAAGAAAGAGGCGAAAAUUAGCCAUUGCCUGCAACUACCCCCACCCCCCAACAUCAAGACAGAAGUAGAGGAACUCAGCACACCCGCAGAUGGUCACAACGAGAACAACACACCAGCAAAGACACCGCCAACUCUACUGCAGAACGUGAAAAUCAAAGUAGAGGAAAUAUCUGACGACUACGAAUACUCCUGUCAGGCCCCUGGACUCGGGUGGGAAUACCAAUGCAGCCUAACCGAGCCAUACAUCAGCAGUGGUCAGUAUCCGAGCGGCGAAGACAAACCAAUACACAAUGUAAACAAUGUGAAUGAAGCCACUGAGUGCGCCGGACACCCUGCUAAUUCCCGUAAGUCUCCGACACGAAACCAGGAAUUUCAAAGCACUUUAAGCACCCCAUAUCCAGAGGAAGGAGAGUACAAAAACGGUGCAAGGGUCAGGAAAAACUACAGGACUCUGGUACUGGGGAAACAGUCUGGAAUUCCGAGGACGCAACUUAAAUUAAAUGGUAAAGUUGACCGGACCCCGCGAUCUACAGGUAAACCCGAGAAUUAUGAAGGAUCACCAGAGGAUUUUACUGUCUCGAGCAAACGCAAACGUGCAUCCGGCAAUGUAGCAGCUGUGAAAAAGCCCUUCAACUUCAUGGCAAAUUUUCCAUCUCCGCCGUCACUAAUUAUUGGCAGUGAUGGGGAUUUGAGUCCCGCUUAUUCUUUGAACUCUGUGAAGGAUAACCCACCUCACCGGUCUCACCCUGUGUGGAAAUGGCAGCUUGGUGGUUCUGCUGUACCUCUCCCACCCAGUCACAAAUUCAGGAAAUUUUAAUGCAAGUAAUAUCCGAUAUUUACGAUACCUUUUUUUGGUGAUUUAUACCAAAACUCCGAAAAAGUCUUAAAACGAAGCGACAAGCACUGAGGACCAAAAUCCUUCAUUUGUUUGCUUUUUCUUUUACUGGAUAAACAUUCC